GUCAAAUGUGCACAACUCUGCCGUUGGGCAUUCGAAAGUAAAGAUGGAAAGAUUUCAGUUGCCACCUGAUUUUCAAAAGCAGACAAACCCUGUUCGAGCAAAGACUUGGUUGAGCCCAAUAAUUGGGUCUUUACUGGCCGGAUUACUUGCCGUUUAUUAUUGGAUCUGGCGCCAAUCACGUUUUGUUCGACUUAUCAACGCCAUUCCAGGACCAGAUGGUCUUCCAUUUCUUGGCAAUGUUCUGGAUUUGAACGUUCCAAACGACGAGGUGUUGAAUAUUGUCAGCGGCGACUGGGUGAAAAAAUAUGGAAAUAUUUACCGCAUUUGGUUCACUAUUCGUCCAGUUAUCCUCAUUACAUCACCCGAAUUGUUGGAUACGAUUAUGGGAAACCAUAAAUUCAUUAAGAAACCGAUCGAGUACGACAUCUUCACUCCGUUUAUUGGCAAAGGAAUCCCUGUGGCAAUAGAUGAGCGAUGGAAGAAAAAUCGGCGUCUACUUAAUCCAGCUUUUCAUUUUCAAAUCCUCAACACUUUUGUGGACGCCAUCAAUAGCAAGAGCAUAAUCUGUGUGGAGGAAUUUGAAGAGGCCAUAGAAAACAACAAGGGUGAUGAAAUUGACGUCUUCCCCAUUAUGUCAAGGAGCACCUUAGAUAUUAUUUGCGAUACUUUUAUGGGACGAGAAGCACUAAAAAAAGAAGAAAAGGCACUCUUUCUUAACAACCUUGAGGGUUUCGAACGGGUUUUCCAACAACGCAUCGUCAAACCGUGGCUUAGGAUCAACUGGUUUUUUAAACUAACAGCUCCAGGCCGUGAAAAUGCCCGGUGUGUUGAAGGGCUCCAUCAGUUCUGCAACAUGAUAAUUAAAGCACGUCGUGAAGCACUAGAACGAGACGCGGCUCAAAUAAAAUGGAAUUCAACAACAAAAUCUUGUAAAAUGACCCAAACAAACGAUGCUGCUCCUGAGGGUGAUGUUGGAGCAAUCGAUGUUGGCGAAGCAAAGAAAAAAUUGCCCUUUCUCGACCUAGUCUUGACGGAAUUGGGAAAAGAACAUUUUAAUGAAACGGAUAUCAGAGAUGAAGUCAAUGCAUUUUUAGGCGCUAGUCAAACGACGGCAUUGGCUUUUACAUGGUUCCUUUGCAUGAUCGCGAAGAAUCCUAAACAUCAGCAACUGCUACAUGACGAGGUGGACCACGUUUUUGGCGAAUCGGAUCGGCCAUGUACGUCGCAGGAUUUGACUGAACUAAAGUACCUGGAAUGUUGCAUCAAAGAAACAAUGAGGCUCUACCCCAGCAUCCCGUUUGUUUUACGCUGCCUUCCAGAAGACGUUGAAAUUGGUGGAUAUGUUUUGCCAAAGGGAGUUACCGUUGCGAUAAUGAUACACAGCUUGCACCACAAUCCUCAAGUUUAUCCGAAUCCCGAAGUUUUCAAUCCCGAACGCUUCCUUCCGGAGAACAGUGUUGGUCGCCAUCCUUACGCCUUUAUUCCAUUUAGCGCUGGUCCCAGGAAUUGCAUUGGUCUGAAGUUCGCCAUGCUCGAGCUAAAAAUAGUUUUAGCAAAUUUGCUCCGUCGCUUUGACUUUUCGGUGCGUGAUCCGUCUGUGCCUAUCAAGGCUUCCCUGGAACUGUUGCUUACUCCGAAGGACGGCGUUCAUCUAAUCGUAACAAAAAGACAGCAAGAUGUAAGAAGGCGAACUCCGCUCAACAAUUUCUAAUGAUUCAAAAAAAUUCAUUCGGAUUUUGAUUCGUACUUUGAGAUUUCGGCCUGUAAAAUAACUAUUCAUCUUAGGUGAGGUAAUCAAAAUUCGUAAAAAAAUUGAAAUGACCCUGAAAAAAAUACAUAGAGAAGGGAAAGCCACAUCUUCACGUGCCUUGCAGCUGUCUUCACUUUCUUUUGCCUACAAAUUUCUUUUUUGAGCACAAAUCUGGGUUCUCAAUCUUGACCAACUUUUUUUCGUUCUUCGUGAACUGUUAGCUCGAAAUAUGAAUAUUCAUUAAAUAG